AUGCCCCAUAGAAGCUGCGUUAAAUUGGAUCAUUUUUUUCUUUUCUCGAACAUUUCAUCCACCCCGCCACGACAAUCUUCAUUUCCGAGACCAGUUCGAGUUGAAUACGCUCUUGCCACUCGUCGACGCCACCACGUCGAGGUUGGAUCGGACGAUGCCUGGCCAGAGUCCCGCGUUUCUCGACACGCCGACAGUUGGUCGCAGGGGGAUUCUGCUGUAGCCAUGGCUCCUUUUCAUCAUCUUCCAGAGGCUGGAGGAUUUGACGACUGGCAGGCCUCAGUGCAGGCCGGACGGCCUCGACGACGCCAACGACAGCGUCACCAGAUGCAGCAGCGGCAGAGGCCUUUGGCUAAGAGAAGAAGACGACAAGUCCAGAGAAUGGAUACCGUCAACUGGCAACAACUGGAGUUAGUUGUCCGCGUUGUGCGGCUCUAUGACAUGGUAAUUAAAGCCAGUUUAACUAAUGCACAUUUUUUGGCGGAAUGUGAUCCAGAUCGCAUCAUGUCAGAGAGGUCGUCUCCCACUCCGAUUACAGGACCGUCAAAAUCUCAUUAA